GGCGAAUACAUCCAAGUGGUAGGUGCGAUUAUGAGCGCAACCUUCAACCUGGCGUUGACCCUAUUAACCGGUGGGCGAAUAUGGUGGAUCACUCGAUGUGUUGGACCGUCGAGGACUUACUAUGUUGUGACAACUAUGAACAAGAUAAUCCUUGAAUCUGGGAUGCUUUAUCCCCUCACGGUGAUCGUACAUUUGAGCAUCACGAAUGCUUUUGCUCGGGUUCAGUUUCCCAUUGACACUCUUCCUCUGACUGUCUUAGCUGCUGGCAUUGCACCUACUUUGAUUGUCGUCCGCAUACGUUUGGGCAUCAGUACCCCAGAUGGUGACACUGUCACUCAGCCACCUCGAUCUAGCCAAUUUAUGACUUCAAUCCAACCAACUGAAAGGACAUUGCACCUUUUACGUCUUUCUCCGGUUAAUCGUCCUAGCUCCGUGAUCGAGGUCAAUCAAGUCAAAACGCCUUCCAGAACACUUCAGGCAGUGCUUGAAGAAUGAAGUACUUCUCAAGUGAAUGCGCACGUCACCCCAACUUAUUUUUAUCGUCACCCGCUUUCAUUUCCUCGCCUUACGUUCACAACUAAAUUACAGG